AUGGCGGGGACGACGGGGGCCAAACCGUUGGCCACCCUGGCCGUGAAUGGGUCGAUGCAGAGCAACAUCAUCGUCAGCUCGACGGCGAUCCUCGGGGCACGGCGUCCGAUCGCUCCGGCCCUGCUGCUGGCCGCCGGAGGCACCGCCGGAGCAGCCGGAGCCGCCGGCAAGGUGACAGUGCUCGGCGAUCAACACCAGCAGCAUCCGGGCCGUGACCGGUCGGUGGUGGCCGCAGUCGGCAAGAAGUACGCGUACUGUGGGCUCCCGUAUGCGACGCCUCAGCAAUCAGCCUCGGUGCAGCGGCGCAACGCCCGCGAGCGGAACCGCGUCAAGCAGGUGAACAAUGGGUUCGCGAACCUGCGCCAGCACAUCCCGCUGACGGUGGUGACCGCCCUGACGAACGGAUCGCGCGGUGCCAACAAGAAGCUCAGCAAGGUGGACACCCUGCGCCUGGCGGUCGAGUACAUCCGCAGCCUGCAGCGCCUGCUGGAGGAGAACGGAGGUGAUCUCGUCGUCACCGGCCCACCGCCACAACAGCAACAGCAACAACUAUCCAACAGCUCCGUCUGCUCGUCCGGCUCCACCUACUAUGGCACGAUGUCGGAGCCAUCGAUUGCUUCUUCGCCGACACCGUCGCACAUCUCGGACAGCUCGUCCCAAGUCGCCGUUGGCGGUGGUGCCGGCAACACCACCCCACUACACGGUUGCUACGGCGGUACGACCCAGAUCGGGGCUGGCUUCAAGCACGAACCGUACGACAUGUACGUGGACCCACUGAACUCGCCGACCCCGUCGUACGGCUCGGACCACGGCAUCGGUGGUAUCGGCCCUGGAAGCUACCAUCAUCUUCACGGCGCCACCACCCUGCACGGUGCAGGAGCAGCGAUCAACGAGUUGGCCGGGGCAACCAACGGAAACGGCAACUACGUCCUGAGCGGACACCAUUCGGUACAGCAGCAGCAACCCCUGCAGCAGCAGCAACAGCAGCAGCAACAGCACCAUCAACACCACCACCAUCAGCCAUCGGCGGCGUCGCUGCCCCAGUUGAAGACCGAGCUGUACGACGACUCACCGUACGAGGAGGAGCUUAGCCCGCAAAACCCGGACGACGAGGAGCUGCUCGAUGCCAUCUCCUGGUGGCAGCAGCAAUAG